UAUUUUUAAAAUAAUAUACUAUAAUGUAAACAGCCCAUUACUCAAUUUCAAUUUUGCGGUGAUCAAAUAGACAUUACCAAAGCUGCAUCGGCAAAUCAUGGCGGCGGCCAGAGAAGGAGACCGGCUGAGUAAUCUACCGGAGUCGAUUCGAAUUCACAUCCUCUCUAAGCUACCAAGUAAACAAGUUGUUCAAACCAGCGUAUUAUCAUCGCAAUGGGUAUCUCACUGGAAAUCCGUUCCAGCAUCACUCAAAUUCGAAUCAACAGACGAUGAAGAUGUUUCCGGUUUUGUACGUUCUGUUUAUAGAGAGCUUUUUUAUUGGGAGUCUUGCGACAAAAUUAAAUCAUUUAGUAUUUGUCCUUCUACAUACAGUGGGCAUGUUAUGGAUUCUGAUCUUUAUUUCUGGUUGCACUUUUCUACUUAUAUUGCUAAGGUUGAAGAGUUCUCGUUGAAAUUUUGUGUUAAGGCCUUUCCAGAGAUUGUGUAUGAUUUUCCUGAAUUCGCGUAUACGAAUACGGUUUUGAGGAAUUUGGUGUUACAGAAUUGCGAGUUGAAACCUUUUGGUGAUGUGAAGUGGAGUAAUUUGGUUUCUCUGUCAAUUGGGGAUGCUGAAAUUAAAGAGGACGCAUUGGAGAAAAUAUUAUCAGGUAGCCCUAAUUUGGAGUGCUUGGAAUUAGAUAAAGUUGUUGGUAUUCGUCUUCUGAAAAUCAGCUCUGUGAAGCUGAGGAAAUUGAUUGUAACCAUGUAUGAACGACUUGAUGAAUUCUAUUGUAUCGAAAUUGAUGCCCCAUAUAUUCGACAAUUGGAACUUAAGGGAUCGUGCUACAAUGAGAUGCACUUUCAGCUGAGAAAUGUGUCUUCACUUGUCACUGCAGUCCUUUCUUUGAAUGUUGAUUUUUCUGGCGUUGAAGAUAGCUCGGAGAAGGUGUGUAGAUAUUUGCAGGAACUUCUUCGCCACGUUGCCCAUGUCAAGAAUCUUGAACUCGGUCCCUGGUGCAUCGAGUAUCUGUCCAUACUGGAAUUGGAAGGGUGGCAGCCUCCACCAUCAACCUGGAAAUUCUUACAACUUAGCUCAGAGUUGGACCAAUUGACUUUCCCUGGAAUUAGCAGUUUUCUGCAGAAUUCAUCGGAUCUUGAGACUUUGGUCAUUGACGGGUACAAAUACCAAUCAAGUGACGUGCUGUUAAAGUACACAAAUAAGGAUGAACAGACGAGGAGGUUUGAGACACAUUAUUCAUUUCCUUAUCUGAAGACCAUCAAGAUCCUUAACUUUUCUAGAUCUGUGAUGCCAUUGGUGAAAUACUUGCUCAAGCAUGCAACAGUGCUAGAAAAGUUCAUCAUUGCUGCCAGACGCAAAGAGGGUGACGUGUUUACAGAUUAUGUCGAAAUAGAACAACAGCUCCUGACCUUUCCAAAAUCCUCUCCGCAAGCUUCCGUUUCAUUUUCUUAUUGAUAACCUUGGACCCCUAUUGUUUGUAUUUAUCGCGACAUAACCAUCCAUUACUUUAUGUUUGAAACUGAUUUGAGACGAUAGACGAGGGUCAUUACUUUAUGUUUGAAACUGAUUUGAGACGAUAGACGAGGCUUGUAUUGCACUUGUCCGUGUGUUCAUUCUCUAAUGGUCAUUCUAAAUGUUUUGCGAUUUCAGUUCAUA